UUUAUAUACUUUGAAUAUAGUUUGGUCAUUGACUGACUAAUUCGGUAUACAUGAUUUUCUUUUGACUAUAAAUCUAUAAGGAAAUAGAUUAAAAGUUCAUGUUCCUUUUUAUUUUUUACCAUAAAAAUUACCUUUCCACAUAUAUUUGUGUUAUAUAUAUAAUCAGCAUCAAAGUUGGAAAAAUUCAUUAAACCAAUCUUAAGAAAAAUUAUCAUAAAAAUGGCUAUCACCAUGAGAACUUUAGUGGCAUUUGUUUUCACUAUCUUUUUCAUCAUAUCUUUUGUUCACAGUCGUACAACAACACCAGGUUAUGGAAUGUUGUUUGACGCCGUGGCUUGCGAGGGAGGAUUUGAAUAUUGUCCUCCUGGUGGUGGAGACGCCAAGUGCACUGCCUUCUGUAAAACCUUGCCAAACAAAUAUGAUUUUGGAGUAUGUAGUAAGAUAUACGCAUGUUGCUGUCAUAAAAAUGUUUAAAAAUAAAUAUCUCCAAGAUUAAUUAAUUUAAUCAAAUAUAUUGGUAUUUCCUUCAAUAAAAACAUCAAUAGUUUCAAGA